AUGUCGUCGCACACGCUCGUUGUUAACCGCACCCCGGUCCCCUACUCGCCUACUGGCAGGCAUCCGUACAACGGUUUCCGUAACACGCAAAGUACUCACUACCCUCGAGCCUUUUGCCACUACACUCCGGUAGCUUCCGCGUAUACCUCUUCUGCUCAAAUGGUGGUCACCCUCGAUGGAGCCCCUUCCCUGCGCCCUUCGGUCAAGUCACGAAAACGGGUAACUCCCCACCAGCUCAAGCACCUUGAGCGUGUGUUUGCCAGUGAAACACAUCCAUCGAGAGGCAGCCGUGAAGAACUUGCUCGUGAACUUGGAAUGGAGCUCAAAUCCGUCACAAUCUGGUUCCAAAACAAGCGCCAGUCAAUCAAGCGCAACGUGCUCACCAACGGCGGCCCCAGCCGCACAUCUUCUACGUGUGAUGACUCUAUGUCCGAGGGCCGCUCGUCGCCUCCACUCUGUUGGUCGAGCUCCGAGUCUCAAGCCACCGACUCGAAACCCGCAACGCCUCGUGACGAAAACGACCUCAAGUUUGAUGAGGAUGAUGUUCACUACAAGGAGACACUCGCCGCUCAGGCACUAUGCGACCUCCUUCUCAGUGCUCCGCGAUGCAAUACUCCCUCUACAUGA